AGUUCGUUCAGAUCGCUGUACACCAUCCCCCUCCCCCCCCCGGAAACCGGCAUUGUGAAUCUCCGAAUUGGUAGGACCAUCAUAGUUUAAUCCGAUUUUACAAAAGACCCUACAAUGACCUCCCAACCACCACCGCCACAAGGACAACAGCAACAACCGACAGUCAUGCCCGCCUCCCCCGCUCGAACCGCCACUCUUCUUUCCAACCUAGGGUCGGUGACGUCGCGCGUCACCGCAGCCGCGACUAAAGCCGCCACGGAAUCAAGACCCAUCCGGCUCAUCGCCGUUUCUAAGCUCAAGCCCGCCGCCGACGUCCUCGCCCUUCAUCAGCCGCCUGCCUCCCACCUGCACUUCGGCGAAAACUAUCUGCAAGAGCUGCAGGAGAAGUCCAAGCUGCUCCCGCCUACCAUCAAAUGGCAUUUCAUCGGCGGUCUGCAGUCCAAUAAGUGCGUGACGCUGGCACGGGACGUCCGGGGUCUCUGGGCCGUCGAGAGUGUCGAUUCCGAAAAGAAGGCUUCCCUCCUGGAUAAAGGAUGGGGGGAGCGAUCGGAAGAGCUGCGCGCGACUGACCAAGAGUCUCAGUUGCGGGUGUUCGUGCAGGUGAACACCUCCGGGGAGGAGAAUAAGUCCGGGGUCGAUCCUGUUUCCGGUGCGGUGUCGCUCUGUCGCUUUAUCCGAGAGAAGUGUCCACGACUUAAGCUGCAGGGGGUAAUGACGAUUGGGGCUAUUGCAAGGUCGAAGGCGACCACGCCUGAGACGGAGAAUGAGGAUUUUGUGUGCCUGCGGGAGACGCGCGAUCGGAUUGUGCGGGAGUUGGAGCUGGAGGGGGAGGAUGCCCGGUUGGAGUUGAGUAUGGGCAUGAGUGAGGAUUUCGAAGGCGCUAUUGCCUUGGGAAGUGAUGAGGUUCGGGUGGGAACAACCAUCUUUGGGGAGAGACCGCCCAAAGACCAGGCGAAGGUGAUCUAAAUAUGGGUGUAGGAUCUAGGCUGUGUUAUGAGUUACGAACUUGCAUUCAAGAGGGGGGUCCCCGGUAAUCCAGACAUAAAAGCACACAACGAGUCCUUAAAUGGAGCAUCCCACCGGUGUAUAUAAAAGUUCUGUGCGACAGUACAUUGCAGAUGUUAAAUAUAUACCUCUUUAUAUCAGUAUUCAAUAAAUACAAGUCGCUACCUCGCGUUCCUGCCAAGGUGACGAAU